AUGCUCAUAUCUGGAGUGAUGAAAGCAAAUAUUAAUUGCUUUUCAAAGCGAGAGGUUUUGGAGCAGAAGAUAUUGCAAGAUGACGCAGAAAUGGAUGUUGCCAUUAUGUGGGUUCCUACUGUACCCAAUGGUAGCUUCAACCCUGUUGUUCCUUUGAUUGAACCAUUGCACAAUACUUCAUUGCCUAGAGACUCUGACAACUGUGACAUAACGUGUAACGGGGUUGCAGUGUGUGCGCGUUUCUUCGGACAUGCCAUUGAAGCAUGUUUCAUAUUGUGUCACUACUGUCUUCACUGUUACCACGAGUACUGCGUAGGUGAACGCUUUGUGCUAGGUGAGAAAUGGAACUGUUCUUGCCACAUUGACAUCAACGCUCUUACAAGUCUUCCAAUGCUCAAUGCUAAAGAAGAGGCUAAGAAACUUUUCCUCGCACGUUCAAAGGAUAUUGAGAAAUUUUCGGCAAACAUCUCGAAGAAGUUGAUUUUCUCGCCUCGCAUCUUUAUGUUUGAAGCCAACAGCAGCAAACUACUUCGUGAAAUGUGCAAUUUCAUGUGGCUAAUGGACUCUUCUGCGGAACAGAUAUUCAUUGAAUUUGUUAAUCGUGUUGAAAAUCAAAUCAAGCAGUUCAAAGGGUUGGAUUUAUCACUGACAUGCUGUUUCCAGAGAUCAUAGCUUAACUCAUACAUUGUAUCGACGACAUAUCAAUUACACAUGCAUGCGAGCUUAUACACCGAAGAGUAUAAAGCCGUUUCUCCUUAAACUCAAAUUAUGUUUUCUAAAUUUCUUCGCAAAAAAUAUAUAGAAUAAUUAAAUUAAAUGCAUUAUGCAUUCAUACACCAAAAUCCCCUGCAGCAUCGAUUCCCCAAGUAUAUCUGACGAUUGGCUACUAAGAUGAAAAAAAAAAUGUCCACUUUUUGCGUUCAGUAGCCAAUGUAUCCAUCGCAUGUAUAAAAGUUGUUGGAGCCACAUGAAAUCACGAUUUUCAUAAAACAAUGAUAUUUAUAGCCUGUAUGUUGUGUUUUAAUGCAAUUUUCGUUAGAGUUUUCUCGAGGUUUUAGUAUAUCUGACGAUUGGCUACUAAGAUGAAAAAAAAAUGUCCACUUUUUGCGUUCAGUAGCCAAUGUAUCCAUCACAUGUACAAAAGUUGUUGGAGCCACAUGAAAUCACGAUUUUUAUAAAAAAAUGAUAUUUAUAGCAUGUAUGUUGUGUUUUAAUGCAAUUUUCGUUAGAGUUUUGUCGAGGUUUUAGUAUAUCUGACGAUUGGCUACUAAGAUGAAAAAAAAAUGUCCACUUUUUGCUUUCAGUAGCCAAUGUAUCCAUCGCAUGUAUAAAGUUGUUGGAGCCACAUGAAAUCACGAUUUUUAUAAAACAAUGAUAUUUUUAGCAUGUAUGUUGGGUUUUAAUGCACUUUGAUUGACAUAGCUACCAUAGGAAAAGUGAUAUUUAUAGUUUCGUAGACUCUUUGCUAGGUUAAUGCGAUACUCUUGAUGAUGGGGCUUCAUACAACGAUAAAAAAUAUAAAAACGGCUGGCCUAACAAGAAGUAGCUAAGCAAUCUUCUUCGUGCAAUUGUACCUUAUGUGCAAUAGCUGAAUAUGAAAAGGUGGGAGGAGCAUUGAAAAGCAGAUUUUUUGCAAUCAUAGAAAAAACAACGUAAUGUUCCGUAAUGCAUAAAAAAAACAACGUAAAUUGUUCCGUAAUGCAACAAUAUGUUAAAUGUGAACUUUAUGGUAUGGCUCUGGCAAAAGAGACGAAAAAAGGCUGAUUUUUUCAUUGUUUUCUGCAUUUUAUAUGUUUAAUGGCCCUAAUUCCACCUUCAAAAUGUGUCAAAAGAUUGCAUCAAGUAAUCCUUCAUAAAACUGCCGGGAAAGCUCCAAUCGAAAUGAGACUUCGUAUAAUUAUUGUUUAUACUAUCGGAAAACAAGAUUUAGAAGUUUCAUUAUAAAAUCAAAGAACAAUUCUGAGAAAUGACACUAUGAUUUUGCUGCAGCCCUAUUUCCACCCACCUGUAGACAAUUAUUUUGUGGAAAAAACCAAUGUAUUUUUUAAAAUGAAUGAUGAAGCAGCAAGAAUUUUGCGUGAAAAUGUUAUUUUGGCUACUAUUAACAACCCUGAGUAUUUUUUACCGUGUAUAAAUAGCUUUUUUGGCAAAAAAAUCAGAAAAUCUUCAUUUGGACCACUUGUUGGUGCCUUUCUCGGGUUUUUUUGCCACCUGCUCCAAUGGUCUGUCUUGACCCCGUCCUUUUGGUACGAGAAUGCUACAUCACUUGUGAAUGCAAGCCAAUCUUUUUGUUCUUCAAACUUUAUUCCAUUCUGUGCACAUGUACGUUUGUAUAGGCACCAACCAUUGCUGGCCUUGUCACAGCAAUGUGCUGCUUUUCUUUGCUAGACCACCUUCUUAUUGCUUCAAUAGGUUCAGUGUAUGCACGUGACGUAAUAAACAACACAUUUGUAUCGUCCCUUGUUUUAUGUCUAUACGCCCUAAAUUGUAAUUAGUCAGUAAAUUCAUCAAGACGCAACGGUCACACAAUAUCGUCUCUCGCUGGCCCCGUGUUUUCUGCACGUUAAAUCAGACAUAAAAACGACAGCAUUCGCAACAACAAAAGCAAAAUUAAAUAUUGGAACAUCGUCAAUCAGCGUUCCUAUAUAUGUAUGUAUGUAUAUAUGUAUGUAUGUAUGUUCUCACAUCACCUACCUUGUGGGGACAAAAGUAUGACUACACACCAGCAUUCUGAGGACUGUCGUAAUUGUGGGGACAAAAAUCUGGACCCCACAACGUACAUUCCUUGUUUUCCCUUAAAAUCAUCAAUUCUAAACCUUCUACCCAGUUUCUCAAAUGUCCCCACAAUGUUGAUGUAACAAAUGUACGUGUACAUUGUGGGGACUUUUUUACACCCAUGACGUUUGCUCAUCACCGGACCUCUGGGGACAAAAUAAACACACAAGACAUAUUAUCGCUUUUUCUCGUUUGAGAUAAUUCUUCAAUCUUGCAAAUCUCUUGUGAUUAUCAAUUAAACAACAAGGUUAAAUCACGUAAAAUGGUAAUAAAACUGAAUUAAAAUUGUAAAUGUUACUGUAAUUAGCAACGUAUACGACUGUACUGAAUUGCGCUCUAAUAAGAGAUUUUAUGUAUUUGUUACAUUGAAAAUUCGAGCUCUUUCCUAUUUCGCAACAUUAUUGGUGUAAUAAGCUUAUUUCCGGGAUCAUCAAAGUAGUUCAUAUAGAAAAUGAUGUUUUAGGUAGAAUGAAACUUGAAUGAUCAUCUUAUGGAGUUAAAAAAUUUAUAACUGCAUUCCACCACUUUUGAACGCAGUUUCUCAAUAAGUAUCUAUAUUUCACUAAGCAAUAGACAGACAAUUGUUGGGGGUGCAUACAGGGAUGUUUCAAGAAACUUUAGCUAGGGGGGGGGGGUAGAGCAUUAAAUUAACCUAAAAAUCAGGUUUUUUUAAAACUUAAGUUUAGACCGUGAGAUUUGUACAUUACAGAUUGCCAAUAACAGAUUUUGAAGAAAGUCGUUUAGCCUUAGCUAUGUGAUUUUGCACAAAGUCUUUAACAUUUUGCCAUGUCCGAUUCUUUAGGACUGCACUUUCUGCGAUAAGUUGGGUUGCGUCCGAUUUUCCUGGCAAAACGCCUUUCUUAAUCUUGUCAGCAUAAUGCUUUAACACCACAGACGAUUCCUCUUUACCCCAUCGACUCCGUUUGCCUACUCGCCUUUUCCCUGCAUGCCCUAGGGGAAAAUAACACAUCUUUGUUGCACUGUUUCUUGGAUUUUGAAAGAUCAUAGAUAAGGUAUCAUUGUUCUCUUUGAUAUAAGAAUAAUUACUGUUAUAAAUGAUAUUUGUUGCUUUGGUUGGGGAAGGCAUGGUUAACAUAUUUACGAACAAUUCAUCAUUGCACGAAAAUUCAUCGCACAGACGCAAUAACAAUUGUAUAUUUAAAUUAAUAUGCCAGUUUUUUGGCAAUUUAAUCCCAGGCCAGCUUGAAAUAUGGUCAUUGAGAAUUGCAGAUGAAUGUGCCAAAGGCACAGUAAUCAUGGUUCAAAUUGGUUUUUUUAAAUGAGGACUAUGAAGCACAUGAGCAAAGAGAAGGAAAAACAAUGACAAAAGCAUUUUAGAAUUCACACUUUUUACAAAGAUUUUGCAUUAUGGUAUUUUGUGUAGUGUCAACUUGCGUAUAGAAAGCAUUGUUUACUCUAAGGUUUCUAAUAAACCGGGAAUUUCAAACACUUUGUGUAAUAACUUGUCGUUUAGAUUGACAACUUUCUCAAUGGAAUAGGAAGUGUAGAAAACACAUUCAUUUGGCAAAAAAAAUUCUUUUCUCCAAAAAAUAAAAAUUCAUAAACCAUCUCUCAUAACUUAAAAUUUCAUUUAUGGGGGGGGGGAUGGGGAAGGGUGUUCGUGGAAAUGAAACUGAAUAAAUUUAUAAGUGUCCCCCAUUUGUUAGAAACCUAAAGCUGCAUUCACAUUUAUCGCGGUAUCAUGCGGCGCACUGCGGCAUGAUGCGGAAAAAACGCGUCGGUCCUGUUCACACUUGACGCGUUCUCUUCCUAGCGUUUUUCUGUAAUGGCGUGUAAACAAGACGACGUUCUGCUAGCUCUGGCCUAUCGAAAUCGAUUGAUUGCGUUGAAUUUAUUGGAGAAAGGCAAAAUAAAGCGGUCUUUUUGGGUAAGAGAAUUAUGGAAAUAUCGAGAACAACAAGGCCACUUUGACAACUUGGUACAAGAGAUGAGGCUAAACGACCACUCUAUGCAUUUCAAUUUUUUCAGAAUGCUUCCUUCUACUUUUGACGAUUUACUCAAAUUAGUUGGACCUGCGCUGCUUAAAAAGAAGAGCCGAUUUCGGGAACCAUUAUCCCAAGCAUUGAGGCUUGCUGUAACAUUGAGGUACUUAGCCACUGGAGAAUCACAGGCAUCAUUGUCAUUCAAUUUUAGAAUUGGCAGAUCCACUGUUUGUGAAAUUCUUGAUGAUGUCCCUGAAAAAAUCUGGUCGAUCUUAUGUCCCAUUUCAGUACCUGUUCCUCAAGAUCAAAAUGCUUGGAAAAAGAUCGCAAAUGAUUUUUGGAAUCUAUGGGGUUUUCCUUUAUGUCUUGGUGCUGUCGAUGGAAAACAUUGUGUUGUUGUUUGCCCAAACAACUCAGGCAGUGCAUUUUUCAAUUACAAAGGGUCUUUUUCCGUCGUUUUAAUGGCUGUUGCAGAUGCAAUAUGUUCACUUUAGUAGAUAUCGGAGACUAUGGCAGACAGUGUGACUCUAGUGUCUUCAAUAAUUCCAAUUUUGGUGAGGCAUUAAUCGAAAACAGUCUGGGAAUACCCGACAGUGACUUUUUGCCUGGUACAACAGUGAGUAGCAGGUACUGUUUUAUUGGAGAUGAAGCAUUUCCUCUUCGAGAAAAUUUGCAACGCCCUUUUCCUGGGAAGGGUUUACCAGAGAGCUUAAGAAUUUAUAACUAUCGACUUUCCAGGGCUCGCAGAGUAGUGGAGAAUGCUUUUGGCAUACUCUCAGCUAGAUGGAGAUUUUUGAGAGCACCUAUUCAAGCUCAGCCUGAAAAGGCCAGUAAAAGCAUCCUUGCAGCUAUAGCCCUACAUAACUGGCUAAAAAAGCACGAUGACAGUCAAAAAGCGUAAGGAAGGAUUUACUGCCCCCCAGGUUACAUUGAUUAUAAAGAUGCCCAUGGUAUUCUUCAUCGCGGAACAUGGAGAUCUGAAGUAACAGAGUCUGGCUCUCUUUCAGACAUUAAGCAACUUGGUUCUAAUAAUCAUAGUAGAUCCGCCCAAGCUUUUCGACAGAAAGUCGCAGACUACUUUCAGUCUGCACAAGGAGAAUUGCCUUGGCAGUAUGAUUACGUAAAAAGAACAUCUUAUGAGCCAAUCAAAUAAAUCAUUAGUUAACCUUGCUAUUUCCGUUGCUUUAUAUAUAAUAUUUUUUACCACUAUACUUAAAUUGAAAAACAAAAAAAGUUAUUUCUCGUUGACCCUGGGGUGCUGAAAAGACAGGAGGGGCUCAGAAUUAACAGGAAAAGGCGCCUUUUAUUGAAAAAAUGGGACAAGAAUCAAAAUGGGAAAAGCACAUCACACAUUAAUAGGAAUAUCUGCUUUCAUAAAUAGAAAUAUCUGCUUUUCAUAGUGCAAAACGAGGGCAACAUGGGAGAAGCUCAUCAUAAU